GGGGGGGGCGGGGGCGGAGCUUCUUUACCUCACAACUUCUUUCUCUUUCCGUACAUGGUUUCCAUUUCACUCGCAAAGCGCCUAAAGAAGGAUGUCAACGCAGCACUUACACACCAUCAACCGCAUAGUGGAGGAGCUCAGUCCAGAGGAGUGUAAACGUUUGCGAUACCUGUGCCGAGAGCAUUACAGUGAGCGAUGCGCCACCAACAUCAAGGAAAUGCUGCGGUCAUGCAUGGACCAAAUGCAUACAGCUCAGCCCUUUCUGAUAGAGCUGAUGCUCAGGAUGAGGCGGUAUGAUUUACUCUCUGAGGUGCUGGGCAUCAGUAAGAGCGAGGCGGAGCAGCGUUUGAAAAACGGGCAUGCUCUCUCAGAUUACAGGGUACUAAUGGCUGAUUUGAGCGAGGACGUCGGAUCGGAAGAUUUGCAGUCGUUAGUUUUCCUGCUCAGAGGAAUCCUGCCCAAAGAGAAAGUGCAAAAGUUAGAGUGCUUCCUGGAUGUGGUUGUGGAACUAGAGAAGUUAGAUCAGAUCUCCAGCACCAGGAUGGACGUAAUGGAAAAAUACCUGAAAGCUAUCCGCCGUGUCGAUCUGGCCAAGAGGCUCAGCCAGUACCAAAGCAAAGCCGGAACACAAAGCCCUGCUGCAGUAAAGCCAAGAGACGAGCGUCAGCCUCAGCGUAGAGCUGCAUCGACUCAGAACUGCAAACCAACAUACAACAUCUCAGCACCCUUUCCACCUUCUGUUGCUCAACCUCACACUUCAGCUGCAGUUCCCAUCACACCUUGCAACGUCAUGAUGCACACCACACCCUGCACUAACGCUACACCAUCGCGUGUCCCACCAUGGAGACCCACAGAGAUGUGGCAGGAGGAUGUGUACCGGAUACAGAGCAAUCCUCGCGGAAUAUGUCUGAUCAUAGACUGUGUUGGCACCGAAGGAGCCCAUCUUGAGCAGUUAUUUUCCAAACUUCACUUCCGUGUGAUCCAUCACAAGCUACUAGACAACAGAGAAAUCCACUCCUGUCUGGAACACAUCUCCAAACAGUCCGAGCAUUCCAGCAUGGACGCCUUCAUCUGCUGCAUCAUCAGCCGUUCCCGCUCGUCCCAGCUGCUUGGCACCGACUCGUACAGCCAGGGUCUAAGCCUGAACACCAUCCGGCAAUGCUUCAUGCCUGACUCCUGCCGGGGCCUGACAGGAAAACCCAAACUCUUCUUUAUCCAAAGCUAUGAAACCUCCGAAUCAUCAGACUACACAGGUUACGAGGACGGAGAGCUGGAGACGGACAGCCCUUUUCAGCAUCGCUUCAGGGGGGAGGACGUGCCGGAGGACGCAGACAUCUUCUGGAGUCACUGCUGGACCAAUGAGACACAGCUUGAGGACAACAAUCAUCACUCGGUUUAUUUACAGUCCCUGCAUGAGGCCUUAGUCGACGGACAGAAGAGGAGGAUUCAUCUGGUGGACCUUCACAUGGCAGUGAAUAAAGCGGUGUACACUCAUAACCACAGCCAACCAGGGUCAGCGUAUCACAUCAACCUCCGACACACGCUGCGCAAGAACGUCUAUCUCACCUGAGUCUCAUAUUCAUAUAUGAGCAUGUGGAUUUUUUGUUUAAAUGAUCCAAACACACACUGAAUCGUGUUCAGUUCAGUUUAAGUUAAUUGUAUCAAUUACGGUCCAAGCUACUGGAGUGGUUGACUUACAUCAAGAAAAUCUUUUAAAUAUCUUUUAUGUCCACAUGAGGGCGUUGUCGGCAUUACAUUUAGUUUUAAAACUUCCAAGGGAGUUACGUCAAACCUUAUCUGCUAAGGGCCGACGUGAGUGCAGGCUUUCAUUCCGCCCGAGCAGAAGUCGCACCAGAGUCUACUGAAGGUCAAGAUCAGCUGAUUAAACACAUGGAACACAUGGCACCCACACCGGUCUCUUCACAGAUAAGCUUUGACACCCUAGUAAUUUUUUAGUACUGAUCAUUUCAACAAAACAAUUGUAGCAGACUUUUUUUUGCUUUUAGUUUUAUAUCUCUAAAAAAGUGUUUUUUUGUUUGUUUGUUUUUUUUAACAUGUAAUUUAUUUAUUUAUUAUUUGUAUGCUUGUUUGAAUAUUUUAUAGUAAUAAUAUAUACAGUAUAUUAUUAUUAGUGUAUAGUAUAUUAUUUCUAUAUAAUAGUUUAAAAUCCAUUCCGGAUAACAGCUUACAGGAGAUCCACAUACAUACACAAACACACACAUACAGCGAUCAGCCAAAACAUUAUGAGCACUGACAGGUGAAGUGAAUAAGACUGAUGAUCUCCUCAUCAUGGCACCUGUUAGUGGGUGGGAUAUAUUAGACAGCAAGUGAUCAUCCUCAAAGUUGAUGUGUUAGAAGCAGGAAAAAUGGACAAGUGUAAGGAUUUGAGCGAGUUUGACCAAGGGCCAAAUUGUGAUGGAUAGACCACUGGAUCAGAUAUAUAUAUAUAUAUAUAAAAAAUAAGAGACUACUGCAAAAUAAUUAGUUUCUUAUGUUUUUUUCUUCCAGGUUCAUGGUGAGAUGAACAGUUUUGUUUCAUUUUUUGUGAACUGCUGACAAUAUUUCUCCUAAAUUCCAAUUAUAACUAUUGUUAUUUAGAGUGUAUAUUUAAAGGAAAUGACAACAAAUCAAAAUAACCCAAGAUCAUGCAGUAUUUGCAGAGCUUUAAUAACUCAAAUAAGACAAAAUGUAAAUAAUUUGUAAACAAAUUGUGUUAAUGCUUUGGCUAAAUAACAUUAAGAAAUCAGUAUUUGGUGGAAUAACCCUGAUCUGCAUGCGUUUUGGCUCCAUGAUCUCCACCAGUCUUUCACAUUGCUGUUGGGGAACUUUAUACCCCUCUUUUUGUAAAAAAGCAAACAACUCAGCUUUGCUUGAUGGUUUGUGACCAUCCAUCUUCCUCUUGAUGACAUUCCAGAGGUUUUCAAUAGGGUUCACAUCUGGAGAUUGGGCAGUGGUCUCUCAUUUUUUUUCCAGAGUUGUGUGUAUAUAUACACACACAUACACUGAUCAGCCAUAACAUUAUGAGCGGUGAGAGGUGAAGUGAAUAAGACUGAUGAUCUCCUCAUCAUGGCACCUGUUAGUAGGUGGGAUAUAUUAGGCAGCAAGUGAAUAUUUUGUCCUCAAAGUUGAUGUGUUAGAAGCAGGAAAAAUGGGCAAGUGUAAGGAUUUGAGCGACCAAAUUGUGAUGGCUAGACCACUGGAUCAGAGCAUCACCAAAAUAUAUGUGUGUGUAUGUAUGUAUAUAUGUGAUAUGUGUGUGUAUAUAUAAAUAUAUAGCUGUGCUUAAAAAAAUUAAUUGUAUUACAUUUAUUUAUAUAUUUAUAUAUUAUUUACAAUUUUAUUUUUUGUAGGACUCCAGUUCAUAUGUAAGGCAUAACAGAAUGGCAUACGAAACAUGACAAUAAAAAUAAUCCCUGUUCAAAAGUUUGCAUACCUUUAGUUCUUAAUAUGGUGUAUUGCCCCCUUUAGCAUCAAUGAUGGCAUGCAGUCUUUUGUAAUAAUUGUGCAUGAGCUCCUUAAUUCUCUCAGGUGAUAUAGCUGACCACUCUUCUUGGCAAACUGCGUCCAGUUCCUGUACAUUUUUUGGUUGUCUUGCACAAACUACACGCUUGAGAUCUCCCCAAAGUGGCUGAAUGAUAUUGAGGUCUGUGAUGGUCACUCCAGAACCUGCAUCUUUUUCUUUUUUUUUUUGUUUUGCUGUAGCCAAUGGAGGGUCAACUUGGCCUUGUGCUUUGGAUCAUUGUCAUGUUGGAACAUCCGAGAGCGUCCCAUGCGCAGCUUUCGUGCCGUAGAAUGCAGAUUGUCUGCCACUGAUUGUCUGUACUGAAAGCGGGCCUUUUUGCGGCAUGGGUGCAGUAACGGCUUCUCCUGGCAACUCGACCGUGCAGGUCAUUUGUGUUGAAGUACCUCCUUAUUGUGCUCUUUGAAACACCACCACCACUUUUUCCAGAGCAGCCUGUAUUUCUCUCGAAGUUGUUUGUGGGUCUUUCUUUGCGUCCUGAACUAUUCUUCUGGCAGUAGUGGGUGAAAUCUUUCUUGGUCUACCGGACCGCAGCUUAGUAUCAACAGAAACUCUUAUUUUCCCACCCCUUUAUCAGACGUUAAACAGUACUGACUGGCAUUUUCAAGCGUUGGGAUAUCUUUUUAGAUCCUUUUCCUGCUUUAGAAAAUUCAACUACCUUAUUACGCAGAUCAAUUGGCAGUCUUUUUAUCUUCCCCAUGGUGCAGUAUCCAGCCAAGUCAGUGCAUCACGUUGUCAGGAACAGCUGGACAGUUCCAUGCCAGGCCCGGAGAGGGCGCUGGCAGGUGAACCUUGGAAGCCUGCUUCUUUCUUAGUGUGAAUUUUGUGCCACGCCUUUCCCAUUCUUCUCCAUCACCUGUUCCCCAUCUAACCUAUAAAUAGGGAUCCUUGAGUACCUGUCUUCGUUGGUCAUUGUUUAUUGUUCAGUGUUUUAUGUACUAUAUUCUGGUUAAAGUCAUGUCUUAGUUUAUGUUGAAGGUUUUGUUUGUUUCAGUUUAGUUAGUGCCGUGUAAGUCUACGUGAUCAGGUUAGUCUUCCCCAUCUCUGUCUGUCUACGAGAAUAAAGCAGUGCUUUUUGAAUCCCACGACUGGGUCUGUCUCCAUGUCGUGCCGGCGCACGUACCACCACGGAGGUCCGGGUUUGAGUCCUGCACAGGGCGGGGGCGCCCGGGUGUGACACACCUCAUUAAGACAAUUUACGCACAGACAAUAAUUCCAAUUACAAUGAGUCACAGGUGUGGAACCUUCCCUUUAAUAGCCAUUUAAACCUCUGUGUGUUAACCUGUGUGUUUAUAUGUAUGUGGCCCAAACAUUCAAGGAGAUGGAAACUUUUGAUCAGGGUUGUUUGGGUGAUUUCACUUAUCAUUAGGUUUUAAAACAAACAACUACUAACUUCACAUGACCAAUAGGAUCCUUAAAUAAGAAAAAAAUCUUUUGCAUUAUCAGUCAUAUUUUCAAUAUAAAUGGCAAUGUUUAACAAUUUCUUUCAGGGUAUGCAAACCUUUGAGUACAACUGUAUAUAUGUAUAUAUCUGUGGUGUGUGUGUGUGAGAGCACAUUUCAGAUCCAUACACAAUUUCUGUACAGUUACAAUUUCCAGAAAAAGAAAACAACGCAUACCAACAUUUCAUAUAAUUUACAGUAGACUAAUUUCUAAUUCUUUAGGGUUUCUACUAUAUGAAUAUUAGUCAUACUGUAAUUCUCACCCAAAUUAUUAAUCCUUAUGUAUACAGAAAUACAGCUUUGUAUACUCAAUAAAAUACAAUGCAAAUUACAUUAUAUUUAAUGCAUUCAGUGGCUUUGUUGCAGAGAAAUGUUUCUGAAGUGUCCUCUCAUCUUAACGUGAAGUUCGGUGCAUGUUUCAAGCUUCAGGUUUAUUGUCAUGUGCAUUAAGAGUUCUUUAAACAUCUACAUACACCGAUCAGCCAUAACAUUAUGACCAGUGACAGGUGAAGUGAAUAAGACUGAUGAUCUCCUCAUCAUGGCACCUGUUAGUGGGUGGGAUAUAUUAGACAGAAAGUUGAUGUGUUAGAAGCAGGAAAAAUGGACAAGUGUAAGGAUUUGAGCGAGUUUGACGAAGGGGUAAAUUGUGAUGGCUAGACCACUGGAUCAGAGCAUCUCCAAAACUGCAGCUCUUGGGGAGGUGUUCCCGGUCUGUAGUGGUCAGUCUCUAUCAAAAGUGUCCUUUAAGUUCUGUAACUUACUAGACUUAAAGGAUCUGCUGCUAACAUCUUGGUGCCAGAUACCACAGCACACCUUUAGGGAUGUAGUGGAGUCCAUGCCUCGAUGGGUCAGGGCUGUUUUGGCAGCAAAAGGAGGGGGACCAACACAAUAUUAGGCAGGUGAUAUAAUAUUACGCCUGAUCAGUGUACAGAGCAAUUCUAGUGCUAAAGAAAAUGAUGUAAACAAUGUGUGCUGUCAUAAAGUGGCAUAGUGGGAGACAUAUUGUGGCAUGCUAUAAGUUAUUAACAUAUUAUAGAAGGUAAUACAGUGAUAUGAUAAAGUCCAGUGCAUGGUGCAUACAGUGGGUUGUGCCUGUGGUGGUGUUAUUGGUUAUUGAUUACAGAUUAUGAUGUUGCAAAAAAAAAAAAACAUAUACAGAAAAUAAUUUAAUUUAAACUUCAGAUCUAUCUAGGCAAACUGGAUAUUAUCUAGCCAUAAAAGGCAUUCUGAUCUGAUAUCAUUUGUAAUACUGACUCCUUCUGGUAUGAUGAUGGUAUAUCAGGACAGGGCUAAUUCUGACCUAUUAUACUGUCUGUGUCUUAAAGAUUUAUUUGGAAGUUUUAUAUAAACCACACACUUCUUCAGAAUUG